AUGACACGCAACUUGGAAAGGACCCACAAUAAUCGGCUUUCCGGGUAAUAAGUAACUUUUACAGGGGUGGAAUGUAGAAGAUGUUUUGAGGAAGAAAUGUUAGGGAUACGGAGAACAGCCAUCAGAUGGAUCCAUACAACUGUGGAUGCGCCCUGUCUCACCAGAUUCACUCUGCAACCACCCAAAAGUGUAGAGGUGGAAUAUGCUAAUGGCAGCAAGUUCAAUCUAUCAGCUGAAUUUUUGAGAAUACAUAGUCCAGCUGUUGAUGGGAAAGUUAGGUCAAUUGGAGGUGAGAAGGUGAUAUUUGGGCGGCGUCAUGUUGGUAUCAUGUCUGCGGAGCCUGUAGGAAACUAUGGGGUAAGGAUGAUAUUUGAUGAUUUGCACAAAACUGGGAUCUUUACAUGGGAUUAUUUCUAUCAUCUUGGUAGCAAUAAGUUUACCCUGAUGAGAAAUUAUAUCAAAACACUACGGAAGCAUGGACUCAGCCGGGAUCCACCUAAAAGAAAAUGAUGGGAUCCGAGUUCAACAUUGAACAAUGAGCACAAAGCCGCCUCAUGGUUGGUAUAAGAUUUUCUUUACAUUUUGGAUGCUGAAAAGUUGAAAAUGUUAACCAGAAUUUUGGCGCAACUCAACAAAAUGGAAGCAUUGUCAUGAAACACCAGCAAAAAUACUACUGUUGUGCUCAGUUUAUACCUGCUGAACGUAGAGCCACUUUACCUGGUGAAAUGUAAACUUAUUAGUUGUCUGAUUGAAAAUUUUACUUUCUGGCUUUGAAUUGAAAAACAAUGUCAAUCAGAAAGAAAUGAAGCGCCAAGGUAUGUUCGAGUUGA